AUGUGGGGCAGUGGCCGCCUCGAGGGCUCCGGGGCUGGAGGGGUCGCGGCCGUCACCGUCGCCUUCUCCCACGCCCGCGACUGCUUCCUCCACCUGCCGCGGGCGCUCGCGGCCCAGCUGCACCUCCAGCAGAAUCAAGCUAUAGAAGUGGCCUGGGGUCACCAGCCUAUAUUCUUGAGCUGGGUAGAAGGGAAACAUCAUUCUAACCAUGGUGAAAAUGUGGCUGAAAUUAAUAGGCAGGUUGGCCAGAAACUUGGAAUUUCAGAUGGGGAACAGGUGUUUCUCAGGCCCUGUUCCCAUGUGGUGUCUUGUCAUCAAGUUGAGGUGAAACCCCUCUCAGCAGAUGAUUGGGAGAUACUGGAGCUGCAUGCUUCUUCUCUUGAACAACAUCUCCUUGAUCAGAUUCGAAUAGUCUUUCCAAAUGCCAUUUUCCCUGUUUGGGUUGAUCAGCAGACGUACAUUUAUAUCCAGAUUGUUGCACUCAUGCCAGCUGCCACUUAUGGUAGGUUGGAAAAUGACACUGAGCUGUUCGUUCGUCCCAAGACACGCCAGGCUAAAGAAAGUGCUGCAGAGCUGCCCUUUCCUAGAGCAGAUGACACACAAGGAAUAUUUAAUAAAGACAGAAGAGAUCAGGAAGACCUGACCGGGGGAAUUCAAACAAAACAAUCUCAUUCAAGCACUGCCGGAGCCCAUGAGCUGAAUGAACAAGAUUCAGAUCUUAUCUUUGGCAUGUUUACAAUGCCAAACAUAUGGAAUCUUAUGGGGAGCAUUUUUUCUUACGGAGCUGAGAAAAAAAUGGACACACCCUGGGGUUCAAGUGAAAUUAAUGCAUUCAAAAAUAUGCAGUUAACAGUUGUUCCAAAAGACUCUGUUUUCAGAGUAUGUCAUUCUCAGCCUCCCAGUAUACAACGUGUGUCAGCAACAUGUUUGUUUCAGAAGGACCAUGCCAUUCAUAUUUUUCCCUGGAAUCAACAAUAUUUUGAUUUGGAGCCCAGUUUUACUGUGACCUAUGGAAAGUUAACUCAGCUGCUCUCUCCAAAGCAACAACCAAGUGAAACAAAGCAAAAUGUCCAGUCACCUGAAAAGGAAAAGCAGAUGGCUCACCAACAAGAUAAAAAACAGAUUCGCUCAGGUAGUAGUCAAGGAGUUGGUAAGGCCUGUGUGGUGCAGAUAGUCUGGAAUGGACUUGAGGAACUGAAGAAUUCCAUACAGUAUAACAACACUAUAGAAGCUCUCCAUACUGGGAAAGUUUGGAUUUCAGAAGACAUGAGAAAAAGACUGAAUAUACAAAUGCAUUCAGCUGUCCGAAUAUCACCAGUGGAAUCAAUCCCACAGAUUCCAAAAUCUAUCAAAUUACAACCUAGAGAAAAUUUACAUAAAGACAUAAGUGAAGAAGAAAUCAAAUCUGCUUUCGGUUUAUGGCUACAGAAUUCUAGUACAGUAACUUGUCCCUGGAUACUGUCAGCUGAAGAAUACAUUAAUUUGACAUUUAAAGAUGGGCUGAAGAAGUUUUCUUUGAAUAUUGUUCAUCCUUUGGAAACAGAAAAAAAUAAUUCAGAAAAUGUUUUUAUGUUGAGUACCAGCUUGCUCCAGAAGAUUGAUGUACAAAUCCUUCUAUAUCCUGUGGCACAAGAGGAAAGCUUUGAGGAAACCAGCUUUACUCCUUUUUUAAAACUGAGCACCUUAGGGGGGUUGAAUAAACAAGGAAUAGUUUCUCUGGAGCAUGUCACCCAUAGUCUCUUGGGACGACCUUUAUCUCGCCAACUAACUUCCAUUGUUGCAGGACUUCGGAAUGGAGCUGUCCUUGUCACAGGAGUGAAGGGGAGUGGAAAGUCAACUUUAGCUAAGGCUAUCUGCAAAGAAGCAUUUGAUAGACUGGAUGCUCACAUGGAAGUAAUUGACUGUAAAGCCUUGAGAGGGAAAAGACCUGAGAACGUGCAGAAAGUCCUGGAGGCAGCUUUCUCAGAAGCCAUAUGGAGGCAGCCGUCUGUGGUUCUCCUGGAUGACCUGGAUCAUAUUGUCGGUGUAUCCACCAUGCCUGAGCAGGAGCAUGGUCCUAAUGCAGUUCAGAGUCAGCGGCUGGCAUAUGCUUUGAGAGACAUGAUCAAGGAGAUUAUGGCCAUGGGGAGUUUGAUUGCUGUGAUUGCCACAAGCCAGACUCAGCACUCUCUGCACCCUUUACUUGUUUCUGCACAAGGAAUCCACGUAUUUCAGAGCUUCCAGCCCAUAAAUGUUCCAGAUCAGGAACAAAGACAGGAAAUUCUGCAUUGUGUAAUAAAAAAUAAACUUAACUGUGAUGUAGAUAAAUUCACUGAUCUUGACCUGCGUUGUAUUGCAAAAGAAACUGAAGGUUUUGUAGCUAGAGAUUUCACAAUGCUUGUGGAUCGAGCUGUCCAUGCCUGUAUCUCCAGCCGGAACGUGUGCACAAAGGAGGGAUUACUUCUAAAAACAUUAGACUUUCAAAAAGGUCUCAAAGGCUUCACUCCAAUAUCUCUGCGAAAUGUAAACCUGCAUAAACCUAAAGAUGUAGGCUGGGACAAGAUUGGUGGCUUACAUGAAGUUCGGCAGAUUCUCAUGGAUACCAUCCAGUUACCAGCCAAGUACCCGGAUUUAUUUUCAAACUUGCCUAUCCGACAGAGGACAGGAAUACUGUUGUAUGGUCCUCCUGGAACAGGAAAAACAUUAAUAGCGGGAGUGAUUGCACGAGAGAGUGGGAUGAAUUUUAUCAGUAUCAAGGGGCCAGAACUACUCAGUAAAUAUAUUGGAGCAAGUGAACAAGCUGUUCGAGAUAUUUUUAUCAGGGCACAGGCCGCCAAGCCUUGCAUUCUUUUCUUUGAUGAAUUUGAAUCCAUUGCUCCUCGACGAGGUCACGAUAAUACAGGCGUCACUGACCGCGUUGUUAACCAGUUACUAACUCAGUUAGAUGGAGUCGAAGGCUUAGAGGGUGUUUAUGUAUUGGCUGCUACUAGUCGCCCUGAUUUGAUUGACCCUGCCCUGCUAAGGCCUGGUCGACUAGACAAAUGUGUAUACUGUCCUCCCCCUGACGAGAUAUCUCGUCUUGAAAUUUUAAAAGUCCUUAGUGGUUCUCUGCCUCUGACAGAUGAUGUAGACCUUGAGCAUUUAGCAUCAGUGACUGGCUCCUUUACAGGCGCGGAUCUGAAAGCUCUGCUCUACAAUGCUCAACUUGAAGCCAUCCAUAGCAGGCGGGUGGCAGGCUUGUCACAAGAUGUUGGUUCCAGUUCUGACAGUGACCUCAGUCUGUCUUCAAUGGUUCUCCUUAAUCACAGCAGUGGCUCUGACGAUUCAGCUGGAGAUGGAGAGUGUGGCCUAGAACAGUCUCUCGUUUCCCUCGAGAUGUCUGAUCUGCUUCCCGAAGAAUCGAAAUUCAACAUGUAUCGGCUGUACUUUGGAAGCUCUUAUGAAUCAGAGCUAGGAAAUGGAACUUCUUCUGAACUGAGCUCUCAGUGCCUGUCAGGACCUAGUUCCACAUCUCAUGAUUUUGCCGGAGUAACUGGGAGAGAUCAGGUGCUUUCACACCCCCCGAUGUUCAGGAUGUCGUCUCAAGAAGGUUUUCAAGAGCUCACACAGGAGCAGAGAGAUCAGAUGAAGGCAGAAAUCAGUGCCAUCAAAGAGAGAUACAGGAGCCAAAAUGGAGAGGAUGUUACUGUUGCUCAAUCAGGACCAAUUAAGAAUGCAUUAGCCAUUAGCCAGGCUCAUUUAAUUACUGCCCUCAGUAACACAAGACCAUCCAUUAGUCCAGAUGACUGGAAGAAUUUUGCUGAUCUCUAUGAUAACUUUCAAAAUCCAAAGAAGAGGAAAAGUCAAAGUGGAUCAGCUUUCCGACCAGGCCAAAAAGUAACUUUAGCAUAAAAGUAAACUUUUACUGUUUCAUUUUCUUUUUUAAUCUAGAAGUGGUAUGCCACUGCACUGACAUUUUUUAAAUGGUAUCUGUAAAUUUCUCUUUAACUUAACAAAUUAAGUUAAGAUAAUGCAAAUUUGUUAAUAUUCAGGUUAGUGACCAGAAUUACUUGCUAUUUAAUAUGGAAGAAUAAUUUAUUUCUAAAAUUGCAUUCUGUAUUUUGUUUCCUUUAAACCAAUAUUAAGCACUUAAUGAAAUAAUAUUGGAUGAAUGAUGUAUCUAACUAUUUGUCCCUUUGUCUGAAGAGACAUUAGAAUUUGUAGUUAUGUGUGUUUUUUGGAAAUCACUGAUAGCAACACCUUCACUUGUCUCAUGAAAAUAUGUUCAUUGUUUUGCUCCCUACCAACUCCAUUAUUUAGAGGACUAUUUUGGAAAUAAAUGACAUCGUCUUACACACACAUCAGAUGAUAAGUUCUUUUCAUGAUAAUGAAGUGGCACUUUCACAUAAUUUAUAUCCAUUGGAACUGUGUAAUGGUAGAAUUUUCAAUAUUUACUAAUAUAUUUAAUGAUUUCUGUUUGACCUAUAAAAGACAUUUUUUUCUACAUCUGUUAAAAUAUUGAAUCUAGCAUCGCCACAUACUAGUUAAGGAAGAAAGCUAAAGAAACAAAAAUACAGCAUUCAGGAGUAGGAAAAUCACCAUCGUUUUUUCAUGGAGGAAGGAAGCAUGCAGACUGCUGUCUGCACCUCCUCUGUUUUUACUGCCUGCUUGCCCUGUCAUCACCACUGCCUGAGGGGAUGAGGCAUGAGCCCAGCCACGGCUUUUCUGUACCUCUUCCCACUUCUACCUCGUUUAAGGAGACCAGGGCCUCAUCUUAGCAUGCAGAUGACCCUCGUCAUUGAAGGCAGUGCCAGAGAAGAACAAGCUAGGGAAGCUUUGCAUGUAGUCCUGGCAUUGGAGGCCAAGGGCCAGGGGAGUCUGCAGAGGCUCAUCCCCAGGGCUCGCUGGCCACUGGGGAGUUCCUGGAGGAGAUGCCUGUCCUAGGGGCACCAGGGAUCCUGAAGCUUUGAAGGACGAAGCUCGGUAGCAUCAGCAUCUUCCGUUUACUGCUGACUGUUGUCGAUUCCCAUUGGAGGAAUCAUCCAUUGCUCAAAGAAGGCGUCAGUGUUUGUGGCUUAGUUUUCUGUGCUAUUCUGAAUUCCCGUUCAAGAAUGUUUUUCACAAAUUGUACUGUCUGUAAAAAGUUGGGUGAGUUCAAGAAAAUGGAAAGUAUUAAAAAAAUUUUAAAAUUA